GACGGCGGCCGGGAGGGAUGUGGCGGCGGGCGGCGGUGGCGGCGGGACGGGGACUGCGGGGCAUGGCGGGGCGGGCAGCGUCCCCCACCCCCCCGGUGUCCCCUCACGGGUUGUGCCUCCACAGCCCCGAGCGCGCCGCUGCCGAGCGGGCCCCGAGGAUCUACACGAGGACGGGAGACUCAGGAUUCUCCAGCACCUUCACCGGGGAGCGGCGGCCCAAGGGUGACCGCAUCUUCGAGGCCCUGGGAGCCACGGACGAGCUGAGCUCGGCCAUCGGGCUGGCUGGUGAGUUUAGCAGUGAAAAGGGCCACACGUUUGUUGGUCAACUUCAUAAAGUGCAGUGCAUGCUGCAGGAUGUGGGCUCCAACCUUGCCACGCCGCUCUCCUCGGCCAGGGAGGCUCACCUGAAACGAACGUCGUUCAGCGAGAAGCCUGUCCUGGAGCUGGAGCAGUGGAUUGACAGUUACUCAGAGCAGCUCCCUCCCCUCAGAGCCUUCAUCCUGCCUUCUGGAGGCAGGAGCAGUGCUGCUCUCCACUUCUCCCGAGCCGUGUGCCGCAGGGCUGAGAGGUGUGUGGUCCCUUUAGUCCAAGCAGGAGAAGCAGAUCCAAAUGUGGCCAAGUAUUUAAACAGGCUCAGUGAUUAUCUCUUUGUCCUGGCACGUUAUGCUGCAAUGAAGGAAGGGAAGGAAGAGAAAAUCUACAUAAAACCUGAGCCCUAGCUGGGAGCUGGAAUGUCUUUUCCUUGAUUAUGGAAAACUAAAUCCAGUUGACUUCUUUUGUCAAUCAAGGAAGGGAGAGAGAACAAGCCUGGACUGGAAAUGGGAGCUGCCAAUGAUUUCCAUGGGACAUAACCAGGAGCUUGUUGAUAAAUCCUGAGAGGAGCAGAAUCACAGAAUAUCCUGAGUUGGAAGGGACUAAGACACAUCUGUCCUAUUCCCUGGGCCUGGCCCACACAUCCCAUUUGAGGAUGGCUCUGGAGUCACUGCUUCUCCCAGGUGGGAGUGAGGCAGGAGAAUUCCAGAACAUUUUGGAGAUGCCUUCAUUUCCCUGGGCAGCAGCAGGUGCUGUGGGAAGGCUCUGACAGGACUCUGAGGGAUGAUGAAGGGAAAACUAUCAGCUCCUCCUUUGAAGGCACAGUGCUCAUGUGGAGCAGCAGCUGGAGGCCUUUGGGAAUUGUGUCCACAGCUCUGAAAUAAUAAAUGUGAAUUUCCUUGUACCAAAUGGCCACAAACUGUCACAUUUUAA